AUGAUGACUCAGGCUGUCGGCUCGGUGGCCUUCUGCCUGCGACUAGCAUGGCAUCAAACAGGUUGCCUCGUCCAUGUGGCAACCAGAUUCAUGGCCAAGAUUCGCGGGAUCUCUCACUUCUGGGCGGUGAAUGGAGGAGAACAUGGCGAACGGCGCCGGAAGCUGUUUUCUCGACGGUCUCUGUUGGAGUCUGGAGGUAGAAUGUAUCCUGUCCACGGUACACUAAACACCGACACAAACGGACACCCUCUGGCA